AUGGACGCGGAGAAGGAGGUCCCUUUAAAAUUUGGAGAUUUUGAAACAUUAGAAGAAUUUAUUUCUGAAAAAGAAAAGGAUGACAAUAUUCAGUUAUGGAUUGAACGUUCAAGGACAAUCAAUGGAGCCAGAAAGAAAGGUGUUAAAAAACACAUAAAUGAUAAAUUGAAAUAUUAUGAAUUGACCUACAGAUGCAUACAUAGUGGUACGAGGAAAAGUAAAAGCAAGGGAAUCCGGCCUAAUCAAAAGACAUUUAGACAGCAGUGCCCAUUUGAAAUGAAGCUUCGAGUUUCUGAAAAUGGGAAAACUCUUGAUGUUGUUACUUAUAUUGACCAGCACACACAUUCUCAAGAUGAGAUUACUUUUUUUCGCCUACCAAGACAGAGGCAGCUUGAGCCUUCUGUCAAAAAAAUUGGAAAUCAUAUGUUAAAGCUAAAAGUAAACAAAGAACUACAGACAGAGGGUGAACAAAGCCCACAUGAAAACUCAACAUUAAAAGAUAUACACAAUCUGAAUGCUCAAAAUGAAAAAGAAGAUGACGAUUUGGAAGAUUAUUAUGUUAACAAUAGCAGUUUGCGGCCAUCACCUACCACACUAUCAUCUUCAUUUGAUCAAAGCAUUGUGCGUAUUAAAAGAGUUUUAAGCCAACAAGAAAAAUUCAAACUUGUGAUGGCCAAAUUUCAACAAGUUGCUUCUUUGGCUUCAGAAUCUUCAUCAAGAGUGUUUCCCCAAAGAUUAAAAGUAUUGGAAGAUAUAGUUGAAAUGUGGAGAAAACAAGUAGAAGUUUCGGUUAGACCCGUUGAAUCUGAAGUUGAUGUUGGAGAAGAAACUGCUGAUGAUGGAGAAGACACUGCUGAUGUUGAAGAAGAAACUGCUGAUGUUGGACUUAGGCAAACCAAUGAUCCAACUGAGUAUCAGAUUUUACUUGAGCACCAUUAUUUUAAAGUUACUGGUAAUGACAUAGAAGCAGAAAAAAUCUUGGCAGACAAACAAUACACCACCCACAUAGACACUGAUACAAGUCCAGAUCAAUCAAUAAUUUUACAAAACAUCCCCAUCAAGCCACCAAAGUUAAAAAGAAUUGGUAAGCCUAAGGGCAGUGAUCUAACUGUUGUUGGGUUGCCUUCGAAGAAAAGAAGAGUAAGCUCUGCCUUGCCGUUUCAUAAAAAAAACAACUCCUGAAAGAUACCUACAGAUGCUAUGUUAGUUUAUCUCUGAAGAGGAUGCAAGAAAUGUACAAAUAACAGAAGACAAAGUACAAACUAUUCCUAGUAGCAUUCCAUCAGCAUGUCUUGCUGGAUUCAAGAGUAGAUAUAAAUUUAAUCGAACACUAUUUCACUGAGGAUGGGUGGAUGUCUUUGGAAGAAAAGUUGCAGAUGAAGAAAAAUGAAGCGGUUUGGCCCUGCCCUCUCUGCAAUGCUGCAUCUGGAGGAAACAGUGUAUCAUGCCUCAGCUGCCUCGCUUUAUAUAAUCUCAACUCUUGUGCCUUAAUAACACUACCUAAAUCAAAUAAAUGGUUUUGCAAGCACUGUCUCCCUAGUACAUCAUGGGCUAAAGCAUUGAUUAUAUAUUUGAAAUAGAUGUCUAAACCAAUCCAAUCACCUGUAUGCAAGACUUAAGUGCUCUUAAGCGUGAAGUUGUGAAAGGGAGGGCAGGGAUAGGGCCUAAUUUAUAAAUUAAAGUUUACUGGUUAUAAAUAAGUCUAGUAAUUACAGUUCUAUUUAGUCUACUUUUACUGAUGUUAAUGCCUCAUGAACUUUACAUUUACCUCUUUUUUCUUCGCCACAAUCGGCGGGAAUUCGGAUUGGGGAGUCGUAAAAGUUUCCUCUUCUUCGUCCUCUUGCCAACCUUUCAACAAGCCCAAUGUAGGUGUGUGGAAGUGUGUUCUUGUAUGUAUUCAUUUGUUGAGUAGUAUGAUUUUAGUGUUUGUACAAACUACAAAUGUGUUGUGAAUUGAAACAUUUUUAAUUUUUAAAUUUUGGUAGGAGAUUUAUGCAUUUAUAUCCUGUUUAUGUUGGGGUGUCGCUUAACUUUUAAAAUCUGUCUUGUGACAAAUUUGUAUUGUUUUUGUGUCUGGUGUAUUAAUGAAUGUCUGGCAAUUAGUAGUUUCUUGUGUUUAAAAUAUACAUGUUUAGUUUCA